UAUUUAUUAUCAAUACACGUUGAACAUCAGUGAAUGCUGUUUAACUUUUCGUUUCCUUACUGUGUUUUCGUGCCCAGAACGUCCUUGAUGUCUUCGUUGAAUUGCGUAGUAACGUAUUGUGUUCGCUCAUAUGUUUAUGCGAAUGUCAUUUAUCGGUACUUCGGUGGCUUACUGUUUCCUGAUGAUGGGUCUCAAUUACGCAUUUGGUCUUGAGUGUAAAUCACAAUCAAUGUACGAAAUUCGGACUUUACACUGUGCGUGUGACGCUCCAAAUAUUUUCUGGACGUUGAACUCUUCUCAGAUUAUCAAGAAACCUGGGAAGUUUUUGCAUUCAAAAAAUGUCCUUCAAGUAUUUGACUUCAGGUCGGAAGACAGUGGUGUAUAUAAAUGUUUCGAUCCCAGUAAUGUAUCCAAAGAAUGCAGUUCAGUAUGUUUGAAAGCGGAUGAUCCUGAUUUGUAUUAUAAAGCAAUUCAUGAAGAUUCUAUCCCUGAUGUGGAGGCGGAAGAGCAAGAAAGACCCUACUGGCACCAAAAAAUGAAAGCCAUUCCUGAGUUUUAUGAAUUUGCUGUGAAACCAUUAAAACUCGCUUGUUAUUUCUACGUAAAAAACAGCUCUGUUAUUCCCCUGGUUCAUUGGAAUAUGCCAUCCGGCCAUGACGACUUAAUUGUAAUAUAUUCGAAGCUGGCUGAGUUCAGUUGCAGUUCUGUCCCAGAAACUCAACGCAACUUAAGUGGGAGCUGCUAUUCAACGGAAAUUACGAUUGUAUCAAUCAGUGGAAGUGAUUCUUUUGAUUGUAUUAUUCGAACGUCAAAUCAUUCGGACAUAGCUCUUACCAACUCAUUUACAGUCCUUCAAAAAUUGACGGACAUACUUUUUCCUUAUUCAAGUGAUACAGAAUUUGAAGCACCGAAUUUUGAAUUAAUUGAUGAAUUACGUCUACCAAAUGAAAUCAGUUCUGGAGAUGUUCAUUCUGAUUUGUUCAGUGUAACAAACAAAAAGAGUUCUUUAGAUUUAUCAACGCUUAUUUUAACAAAUUACACUGAGUUUCGAUUCUACUCGUCAGAUAAUGCAACUUGUGUGUCCAAAGAGGUAAUUCUUGUAUGUCAUGUUCCACGGACAAUUAGUCAACUUGAAGUAUGGUAUUUAGGCCAAUACGACAAACACCCUAGGCUUUUGAAAGACUCAAAAGUAUCUGAUUCUUUCACAAACAAUGAGAAGCGCUAUGUGCUAUUUGAUAAUAGCAUUACAUUAAAAUUAGAAAAUUUGUCCUAUAGGGAUAGUGGAUUGUAUAUAUGCAAAAAUGAUUUCUUUUAUAAAAAUGUAACAAUUACAGUUAUGGAUUGUUCAAAAUCGAAUUUUAUCUCUACUUUCCUCCCACCUAUUCUUAUUUGGAUAAUUAUAUUUAUAACAAUUUCAACUAUCCCUCUAUUAUUGAUAUAUUGUAUACAAAUUAGACGUAAGUCAAUGCAAACUGUGCUCUCUAUACCUAUUGACUUUUUGGAUAAACAUGCAAAAUCGAAACGUGUUGAUGUUUUCCGUAAAAUUAAUUUACUCUAUACAAAUACAGAACAUAAAUUAUUGUUGCAUCACUCCGGCUCUUCUGCAUCGUCGUCGCCAACAUCGUCAUCAUCGUCUUCCCCGUUAUCACCAUGUACAAUAUAUUCUCGUUCUUCUUCUUCUAACAUCAGUAGUACCGAUACUGAUAUAAAACUUAAGAUAACAAAUAUACUUACGUCAUUUUCACAAAGAUUAUUAUGUCAACCAUCCAAAUAUUUUCCACAGAAUCAUAACAUUCUUCGUUGUAACGUAAUGUUGUUACAAUGGUUAAAUCAGUAUUUGAAUUCUGAUUCUAAAACAUAUAUACCGAAAUCAUCCUUUACUCUAGAAAAUCUACUUGGUGAAGGUAACUAUGGAAUUGUUUAUAAAGGGAAAUUAUCUAUUAAUGCUGACGACGAAAGCAAUACGAACAAUACUGAGAUCGCUAUCAAAACGUUGAAAGAUGGAUUUCGAAAUAGGCAAUUAAUUAAUUUGCUUCGAGAAGCGAAAGUUUUAAGUGAGCUAGAACCACAUCCACAUAUCAUUAGAUUUCAUGGACUAUGCAUAGAUAAUAAUCAUCCAUACAUUCUUCUCGAGUUAGCUAUUCAUGGUAAUUUACGAGAUUUUCUACGAAGUCGUCGACCACCUGGAAUCAAUUUUUGGGCAGAUGAACGAACAAUCAAUUCAUCAUAUGUAGUCGUAACAAAUUCAAACGAUUUAAAAGAAAUUUUAUCUGAUGAUGCAAUUAGACAACAAAGAGUAGAAUUGUUAAAAUUUGCAUUGGAUAUUGCCGAUGCUUUAUUGUAUUUUGAGACAUUAUCUCUGUUUCAUCGAGAUGUUGCAGCAAGAAAUGUUGUAGUUACAGAAGGAUUUGUUGCAAAAUUAUGCGAUUUCGGUUAUGCAUGUACCCAAGAGGAAUCAGAUAAUGGAUACAUGGAAAUGGAUAAAGGAUACUUAGCAGUAAGAUGGAUGGCACCAGAGUGUUUGACAACGACGAAACGUUAUACUUCAAAAUGUGAUGUUUGGUCUUACGGGAUUCUAUUGUGGGAAUUAUUCAGUUUGGGUAAUUCACCAUAUCCUGGACUAGAUAAUGGACAACUAGUCAGCUGGAUAAAUAAUGGGAAUCGUAAUACUAGACCAUACCUAUCCACUAAUUCAAUCUACCAAUUGAUGUUAGAGUGCUGGUCACAAGAUCCCGAAAAUCGACCAAGAUUUUAUGACAUAUGUAACCGAAUUGCUGAAAUGAAAUCCAGUUAUGGUGACCUGAAAGAAAACAACGAUUCAAUGAAGGGAUACGUUGAUUUAAUGUUGAAGCACGAAGAUUACUUGGAACCUCGACAGUAUUUACACUAGGCUAAAAAAACAAACUUCAUCCCAUAAGAUUAUAAAUUCAUGUACAGUUACUAUUAUUACCAUUAUUAUUAUUAUCACUACCAUUGUUAAAAUUAUUACUAUUCUUUUUAUUACGACUACUAUUAGUAAGGCUACUAUGAUUACAAAUAAUCUGGUACCCCUUCUAUGUUUUUAUUGUGUAUCUGUUUCACCAUAUAUUUGUAUAUGUUCUUGUGUCAUGUAUGUGUAUAUGUCUUCUUAUUUAUUCUAUUUCUCAUAUGUAAAUGAUCACACUUUUCCAUAGACUCAAAAUAUUUGCCAACAUAUUUUUCUAUUCAUAUUUUGUAUAAAACUGAUGACUCUUUUCAUCUUUAGAUAUAAUUAUUUAUUAUUAUUAUUAUUAAAUAUUCCCAGUUGUCUUUUUUAUAUGUAAACUUUUUCCAAUGUACUUUUUUGUUAUACUGAUAACAUUUACUGGUGAGAGGGGGGAUCAAGCCGGGGUUUUUUUUAAAGCAAAAUUAUAUUAUCGCUUUUAUGAAUACCAUAUUUUUAAAUAAAUUAUCAUAUACAAUUUUGUACUACUAAUCAUUACUAUAGUUAUUAUUAUUAUUAUUAUAAAUAUUACAGUUUUCUACUUCAAUUUUAAUAAGAUAAACGUGUUAUAUCAAAAUAAAUGUAGUGUCUAUUUUAUUGAAUCAUUGACGUUGACUGUUAUUUACAGAUUUAUGUAUCAAUUUUAUAUUUGCUGAAAAAUGAUUCGUCCAUCUAUUAAUUUUUCAUGGAAAAUUUUCAACCGAGGUUUUUGAAAUACUACAUCGGCCAUACUAGUUUAUUCUCAGUUUUAUUUCUAGAAUGAAUUUCGAAAUCAAUCAAUAUUGACAAAUUAAGUGACUUUGGGCUUUUCGAACUUCUAACUACCUAAACAAGUAAGCAUAUGUAGAAAUACUAGGAUCAAUAAUUCUUCGGACAGGAUUGACUUCGUAACUAAGUUGACUGGUGGAAAAGGUACGACUGCGUAAAUACGUAUUCCUCAUGCAACAGCCAAAGCAACGUGAGUUUUACUUACUAAAUCCACGAGGCCCACAUGAGCAAGUAAAGGUUGAAUAGAAAAUGUAUAUGUACC